AUUUAUGCAUCUAUGCAUCUAUACAUCUAUGCAUAAUACGAAGGGUCAAGUACCUAAAGUCGCUCAGAUGUCUCCACCGGGCAGGUGGGCAGACCGAAGCGGCCGGCUACAGGUGACGGACCUCUGACUCUAACCUGGCUCAACCUGACAAGCUUGACAUGUCUUGGUAUCCUGUCUUGACUCGGACCUGGCUUGACUGACUGACUAACUAACCUAACUAAUUAAUUGAAUCCUUCUCCUCUCCUCAUUCAGCCACCCACGCCAACACCAACCCACCACUACGCCGAAGUGUCGUCAAUUGGGGAAUUAAAGAGAAAGGCGAGAAAGGCUAGGAAGAGAAGCACCUCUCAUCCUCUCACCCCCUCGACCCCAUCUCCACUCUUCCGUUGGUUGUGUCGAAUCUGCCCUCCACACGCCGCCACGCCGCCACGCCAUUUCGACCGACAGCUAGCUACCUAGCCAAGUCAAGCAAACCAUCUCUUGUUUGUUCCUUUCCGCCGGAUCAUUGACCAACAAGACCGCAACACCCUUCCGUCAUUGCCACCAGUUGGGAAGUCACUCCACGUCUUCCGUAUCGUGGAUCGAACAAACAAGCAUCCAUCACAUCCAUAAAUAGCGCCCAUCAAUUCCAUCUUAUCUCAUCGCCUGGUCAUCAACAUCGACGCAAGGAAUAUCAGGAAAGAAAGAACAAGUAGGAUAGAAAGAAGGAAGGAAAGGGCACAUACAACUGACCACCAUGUCCGCCAUCCGCACAACCACCGCCGCCCGAGCCACGCGCGCCCUGGCCCUCCAGCAAUCCACCCCAUCCACCCGACAGCAGUUCACCGCGAGCGCCCGCACAUCGGCGUCUCACGGUCCGCAGUACGAUCCUCCCACGGGUUGGCUGUUCGGCGUCAAGCCCGGCGAGAAAUACCAGAAGGAAGGCUGGGAGACGCCCUUCUUCUACGGCUUCUGCGGUUCGGUCCUCUUGGCUGGUGUGGCAUAUGGGUUCAAGCCUGAUACUUCGAUACAAACCUGGGCUCUCGAGGAGGCCCGUCGGAGGUUAGAAGCCGAGGGCAUUCUAGAGGAUCCUUCAAAGAAGUAGGUCAAGGAAGAACCGUCGGAAUCACUACUACUACUACUACUACUACUACUACUACUACUAAAUGUCAUCUUGCCGGAUAUGGGAUACGUGUAUUACUUUCUUUCGGUUUACGUACUUAGACGAACA